AUGCUUACCCAGGCGCAGCGACUGAGGGAGAGUGGCCGUGCUGCAGCCAUCGGCACAGCAUCAUCAGGAGGUCCUUCAGCUGCUCUUGACAUCUCCUCCCACCCCAGGUGUGCUUCUAUCAGCCAUGCUAAGGAGCGUGAGCGAUGCACGCACAUGCGCAUGCUGCCGGCACACUACCUCCGGGCCAAGCAGGUCAUCCUACAGCAAGCAGCCCUGUCAGGAGGAGCCAUUUCACGAGCAGCAGUGCACCGAUUCUUCCGCCUUCCCUCCGCCACCACUGAUGCAAUUUUCAGAAUCCUGCUGGGUGCUGGCUGGAUAGCUGAAGCCGUGGGAGGUAGUGCUGGUGGGGGGAUGGGAGGGGGGAUGGUGAAGCAGGAAGGAAUGUGA